GCUGCGGACAUGACCAAAAUAAAGUCGGACCCAAAUGAGCCGGAGGCUCCGGCAGAGACGCCCUGCGGGGAACGCACGUACCAUGAACUGCUGGUCAACCUGAACCCCAUCGCGCAGCCCCUAGCUUCCCGCCGCCUCACGCGGAAGCUCUACAAGUGCAUCAAGAAAGCCGUGAAGCAAAAACAGAUUCGACGCGGCGUGAAGGAGGUUCAGAAAUUUAUCAACAAAGGCGAAAAGGGGAUCAUGGUUUUGGCAGGAGACACACUUCCUGUGGAGGUAUACUGCCACCUUCCAGUUAUGUGUGAGGACCGGAAUCUGCCCUAUGUUUAUAUCCCUUCUAAAACGGACCUGGGAGCAGCAGCUGGCUCCAAACGCCCCACCUGUGUGAUAAUGGUCAAGCCCCAUGAGGAAUACCAGGAGGCCUAUGAUGAGUGCCUUGAGGAGGUCCAAGCUCUGCCCUCACCACUUUGA